GAAACUUGUGAAAUGAAAUGGCUUGCCACCUUUUUCAACAUAUUUGCAAUGCUUGUCUUCAGGUUCUUGAACCUAAUUGGCACAUGGUACACAGUAGAAUUCAGAAUGCUAGGAGCAUAGACGAGGUGAUCCAACAUCAUGAAUUUUUCCUUAACAAGUGUCUGCGCGAGUGCUUGCUUCUUUUGCCUGAACUGCUCAAGAAGGUGGAGAAGCUGAAAUCAUUGUGUCUCCAUUAUGCUGCAGCAACACAGUGGUUGAUAACUUCUAUCAGCAUUACCAAACCAGAGGAAUCAUCUGAUUCUAAAGAAAGAUCUAAGAAAGAGAAAACAUCUCAAGUGUACAAACUAGUGACUAAAGACAGUGCAGUUACUGAUUCUAUCUUCAAUUUCGAGAAGGAGUUCAAUAUUGAGUUGCAGAGUCUUGGACCUAUAUUGAGCAAUAGUGCCCAGGCUGAACCGUAUUUGACUCAUCUUGCACAAUGUAUUCUUGGCGUUGCAAAUGACCAAUAAGAAGCAAAGUAAAAGAGUUGUCUGUUUCCAGACCAUGUCCUGCUGGUGUGACAUGUUCAGGCUUGAAAGAAGGGUUGAGCUUCCUUUAUGUUGUGAUGACACCAAAGACGUAUCGUGUAGAUAUGGUCAAAUUGCGUGGCUGAAGUGUAUAAAAAAAAGAAUAUCACUUUAUGCUGCGUGUAUAUUUUUUUCCAAGAUAAAUUAUGUUGGCAUGAAA